AUGGCCAUCCUGUGCAACUUCGACUGGGUACCGCUACCAAUAAUGUAUCCACAACUCAUCGUUCUUGCUGUUCACACAUACUUCCUAAUUUGUCUUCUUUCACGUCAAUUCAUUAUCAGUGAUGAUGCGGCCAAUAAAUCACUUUUAGAGACAGUUGUCUGCCUACUCAACAAUGUUGUAUCGAAAUUUCAGAUGGAUUUGUUCCUUCCAGUGAUGACCGUACUGCAGUUUACAUUUUAUAUGGGUUGGCUGAAAGUCGCUGAAGCGAUGUUGAAUCCUUUCGGAGAGGACGAUGACGACUUCGAAUGCAAUUUUUUGCUUGACAAAAACUUAACGAUCGGACUUACGAUAGUGGAUGCAGGAUACGGUAAAACACCGGCUGUUAUGAAGGAUAUCUUCUGGAACGAUAAGAUUGAACCUCUUUACACACUGGAAUCGGUGCGAGAUGAGCACACAAUGAGCGGCAUUACUGGUUCAGCAGCAAAUAUUAAGCUUCAUGAAAAUGAUCGUCAAAUGAAGAUGAUGCCACUGCCUCAUGAAGAGAAGGAAGGCCACAAUUCAGCGCAUCCAUUCGGAUUAUUCCGACGAUCAUUCCAAAAACGAUUUGGCAUGAGGUCAAUGAGCCAUACUGCUGAGCAUUAUGCGGCAUCAAUGGAUACUGCUGCUGACGACCAUCGCAAGCAUUCAAGUGAUUUGAAUCUUCACGCGAUGGAGCGCGGUUCACGUGAUCGUAGAUGCAGUUUGUCGAGUGCCAUGGAAGCGAUCGUCAACGAGUCUGGAGCAUGCACAAAUGUUGCUGUCGUCGUUGGAGUCUCAUCGACCGAGGAUGAUGUGCACUCGCGAGAUGGAGAUGAGUCGCCAGAAAUAACAAAGGAAGGACCAUUCGUAUUCCCGAGUCAUAAUGAGUUCCAUGCAACCUCGAAUGAUGUCGCUCAUCGACUAGAAGAUGUGAUCGAGGAAAGCGAAGAGAAUGCGUCCAAGAUGAAUACUGUCGAGAAACCUGAGGAUCGCACAAGACCGAGCGUUAUGGAAUUUGAACCACUGCAAGUUCUUUACAGGCCAAAGGAAGAAUCAAAAUUUUCGCCAUUGGAAACAGUUGCCCAGGACUUGAUGAGUUGGUAUUGUGACAGUUCAGCGUUGAGCAAACGUAUGCAAGCCACUGUUAGAAACGUAUCCACUCAACAGACCAUCAGUUGA